AUGGAAAAAUGUUUUAACUCGUACCCAGUUGUUCAGGGUACUACAGCAAUAAAUUUGUAUUUCCAACAAGGAUUUAAACAAGUUGGUGCUACUAUUAUAUCUCAAGCCUCUUCAUUAAAAAGUGAAAAUAAAAAAGAAAAAUUUAGAGAAAAAUGCAAGAAUCUGGCUGAUUAUUUAAUUAAUUCGAAAGAUCCAUAUAGGCGUUAUCAAGAAUAUAUUUGGAAAGGAGCACUAAGAACUUGGUAUAGUAAGUACUUUACAGGGAUAACACAAUAUGGUGGAUGUUUUAUGAUCUUUAACAAUGAAGAAAAAGAACUUUUAGAAUUAUUCUAUGAUGCAGAUGAUUUCUGUGAAAAAAAAGAACAAUAUAUGCAAAUACUAAGUAAGUAUAAAGAAAAUAAUAGUAGCAUAUAUGACUGUAAUGGUGAUCAGAAAUAUCCAGAAAAUUCUAUACCUCAAAAUCAAACUUUAUCACUAGUGGAAAAUUCUCCAAGUGUGCAACAUUCACCUACAGAGAUAUCCCCUCAACAAGGAGCAUCUGAACAUUCAGUUAACCAAGAUAAAACGAAAGAAAAUGUAGUAGAAGAAUCUUCAGAAUUUGAAUCAUCAGAGCAAAUUACAGAUUCUAAUUCUCUCCAUACACAACAAGAAGACUCUAUAUUACCAUCGUCAAUUCCUAAAGAUUCUGGAGCAUUUUCUAAUCCUGAAAUUAUUUCUCCAUCUACUGAUUCAUUAAGUUUUACCUCACUGUCUCCAGCUCCUUCUACGCAUCCUACAUCUGCAGAUAAAGUGGUAAAGAAACCUAACAAUUAUAUAUCAUCUAUUUUAAUAAGUAUUCUUACUAUCGUUUUAUUUUCUUUUUUUAUUAAAUUCUUAUUAAUGGUGAUGUUUAAAAAAAAAAAAAAGAUAAAAAGAAAACAAAUAAAAUUCCUGAAAUUGCUAGUACCUUCAUUUUCUAACAAAAAAAAUAAGCUUGUAAAAGAUGAGCAUUUAGGAUACUCAAUAGAUGAAGAUGAAGAAAUCAUAAAAAAAAUUAAAAUAAAUGAACUUACAAAUAAUGUAAACGUGUCAAAGCGAAAAAAAGACAGAUCAAAAACCAUAAUAGAAGUACAUAUGGAAGUACUAGAAAAAUGUAUAAAUGAAGAUUGGGAAAACAACAAAGAAGAAUUCUUAGAAAUAUGUAUAGAUGCGUUAGUACAAAAGGAUUAUAGAACCUGUGCUAAUUUAACGAAUGAUCAUCUAAUAACAGAAAAUAUUGAAAAUACCAACGAUAUAAAAAACCUCAAUAUUCUAUGGAAUAAAUGGAUAGAAAAACAUAGAAAUGCUUCUGAAAUAUUGAAAAAAGAGCAUUGGUUUCAUAAUUUGAAGAAUGAAUGGAAGCAAGAACUAGCUUAUAUACAUGAAAUGAAAGAAAUAAAAAAGAAAUCUGGAGAAAAACCCAAAGUUCCAUUUUUUGAAAUAGAAAAAAAUCUAUGGAAACAGUGGAUAUCAAAAAAUGGUACUAUUAUAAAACAGUAUUUGGAACAGGAUUGGUUUAAAGGAUUGGCAGAGCAGUUGCAGAAUAUGUCAGCAGAAUGUGAAAACGAAGAUAAUAAAAAUUAUUUAUCACCACUAAAUAUAGAAGAAUUUCAGCAAAAAGGAAAUUAUGAAGAAUUAUAUAAAUAUAUAAAAAAAAAAUUAUUAACAAAUUUGUGUGUUCUCGCGCUUAUGACGGUAUUAGAAGAAUGUAAAAAAGAGGUGUACUUUGAAAAUAGGGAAUUAUUUUUGGAUAUAUCCAUAAAUGAAUGGAAGACACAAAAAUAUUCAGGUAACAAACAAGAAAUUACAGAAAAUACAAUUGAAUAUAUUAACAGUGAUAUAGAAAAUAAAAGAAAUAAGGAAUUCCAUACUCAUAUAAGGAGGGACAGUUUCAGAAAUGAGAUAGAAGAUUGGAUAGGAGAAGAUGACUUAUAUGCACGUUCUAUAGUUAAUAAUGGGACAGUAGAAAAAUCCAUUGAUAUAGCAGAAAAACACAUUUCAUAA